AUACUUGCCGUUCCCCACCGUAGACAAACUACCCCACGCCCCAUAGAGUUUAGGGUUAGGAAGGUGUCCACACCAGUAUCAACAACACCUUCUCCUAAGAAAGUCACUCUACUUUAACAUGUACGUCCAUUGGUCUUCAACAAGCCAGUUCCAAUCGAAAAAAAAAAAAAUAAAAUAACACACAGAAAAGAAAACUAACAUAGCCUACUCAACUACCAAAAGCUUACUACUAAGGAGUCCUCGAACAACACUGCCACAGCCAUGACAUCCAAAUCAACCCCGUCAGACUUCCACUUCAAAUUCACAACAGUGACCGGUUAUUUCCUCCAAGAUGACCCAAUUACCGACCCCGACAACUUCGACUAUGUAACAUCCAAUUUCGGACUCAUACCCCGGGGCUACGACUCCGACCCUGAGUUCGACCCAGAGGGCCGCAAGACUCAAUGGGAACGAUUCGAGUACCAUAUCAACAAGCUAAACCGGGAUAGCAGUCCCGAGACGCAGUUCAAACUGCUCUUCCUGGGUAGACACGGAGAAGGCAUCCAUAAUGUCGCCGAGAGGAGGUAUGGGACGGAGCUUUGGGAUUGCUACUGGUCCCUCCAAAACGGCGACGAGACCGGUACCUGGGUCGACGCCCGUCUCACCGACGUAGGCAUCUCGCAAGCCGAAACAGCCAACCAGGCGUGGAGAACACAAAUCAAGGACAAGAUCCCUUCUCCACAGUCCUACUACGUGAGUCCCUUGAAUCGGUGUCUAGCGACCGCUAGCAUCACUUUUAAGAACCUAGGUUUACCGCAUACGGAGCCCUUUCGGCCUGUAAUCAAAGAGCUCCUCCGCGAAACAAUCGGCCUCCACACCUGUGACAGCCGAUCCAGCAAAGCCGCCAUCGCGGAGGAAUACCCCCUGUACCGAUUCGAGGAGGCCUUCGCGGAAGAAGAUCCGCUGUAUGACCCCGAGCUCCGGGAAUCGGACUCCGCGCGGGAUGUCCGGCUCCGGGAGCUACUGUCCGAUGUGUUUGCGCAUGAUGCGAGUACGGUGGUGUCGUUGACGGCGCAUUCGGGGGCGAUUACGAGUAUUCUGGAGGUGGUGGGGCAUCGGCGGUUUGCGUUGAUGACGGGCGCGGUGAUUUCGGUGCUGGUGAGGGCGGAGAGGGUUGAGGGGCCGAACCCUCCUGUGACGGUGGAGCCGCCGACCAGGGCGCCCGUUUGUCCGCCUCGGAGUCGGGUUUAGGGGUUUCAUUUGGGGGAGGGUGAAAGGGUGGUGUGGUGUGGUUGGUUGGGAUAGAGAAUAGAUCUUAUUUUAUGAAGGAUGGGGGAUGUGGCUGAUGAGAGAGCAUGUAGAUAUAUGUUGUAUAUUUCAAUAUUGUACAUGUAGUGAGCUCUGUCCACUACAGACAGGCUCCUUUGUGAAGUUCGGUCGGCGUCUUCCAUCACGAAUAAUCUGAACAGGUUGGGCCAA